AUGAACUACGGCGGCGGCUACGAGGCGUAUGGCAACGACGACUACUCAGCCACCACAAGCGGCGGCGGCGGUGGGUUCAUGUCCAGCCAGCAACCCACGGGCAACAGUCAAUCCACGACGCCCACGAAACGCAGCAACGCCCUGCAGAGUAUUGUACCUGUCACAAUCAAUCAGCUGCAAAAGCUCUCGAGCGCUGCCGCACCGGACGACGACGCGCUGACGCUCGACGGCCACGAGAUCUCGAGCGUGCGGCUCGUGGGUUUGCUCACGAACUUGACGCCGCACUCGACGAGUCUCCGCUUCCAAUUGGACGAUGGCUCGGGCAGCUUUGAUUGUCAGUACUUUUUAGCAGCUCUGGACGACGCCGAGGCGAGUGACGGCGAGCUGAAUCGGCUGCGAGAAGGGAGUUACGUCCAAGUGGUGGGCAAAUUACGGACGUUCCAGGGCAAGACGAGUUUAUCCUGUUUCAAUGUGGCGCCGCUGGACGACAUGAACGAGCUCACGCAUCACCUCUUAGAGGUUAUCUACGUCCACUGCUACAAUACAAAAGGGGGAGCAGCAGCAGGGCACUCUGAGGCUGGGAAACUCGAUGUCUCCAUGACGUCGUUCCAGACGCCGACCAAAGCAGCAGAGGACGAAUGGGGGAAGCAGACGAGCCAUGGCGCAGCUAUUGGAGGCUAUGGCGGUGACAAUGGUAUGGCUGAAUCCGACUUCUCGCCGGAUCAAACGGCCAUUCUCGACGUCUUGAGCACGUGCACGAGCGACCAUGGACUCAAGAUCGACCUCAUUUUCAACAGCUUGCGCGGACGAAUGACCGAGCCGCAGCUGCAAAGUGCGCUCAAUUACCUCAUUAGUGAGGGGCAUGUAUACUCGACAAUUGACGAGAACCAUUUCAAACGCACGGCGUAG